AUGUCGACACCCACCCCAUCACCGCCAAGCCUGCACUCUGAUCAAGAUGACUCUAGAGAUACUACUUCAUCCGAAUUCUCAAAUCCGGGUAUGCCAAAGUAUGAUGCUGUUGAACUAUCCCGUAAAAACGAUUGCAAAACAAGUGCAGUAACAUCACAUGGCGUGGAAGACAUAUUAUCAGAAGGUGUCAGUUAUAACGUUAAUGACAAUGUGUUUUCCGAUUGCAAGCCAGAAGUCUUGUCUUCCAUACCAAACUCAUUUGUUCAGGAUUACAAUUCAAGAGAUUCGACAGGAUUUAGUAUUCAGGAUAUACUUGGCUUGCACCAAUCCUACAAUUCAACUAAUGCUCAGGAUGACUUGGAGCCGAGAUAUGAAUAUCAGAUGCCCAACUAUGAGAACAUCAGUAACAACUCCAACAACUAUGGUUCAGGAACGGAAGAAGUGAUUACCGAUGAUUGCAUUGACAAAAGUGACAACAUGUUUAGUGCAACCGCAACGCAUAUUGGAAAUCAAGUUAUUUACACAAGAAGCUACACCGCUAAUGAACUUGUUCGAUACCAUGAAAGAAGUGGCAGCGAUGUCGCAAAGGAUCCAACAAGAGAAAUCAAUGAAUUGCACGAUUCUAGUUUUCCCGGUCAGAAUCUAUCUUGGACUAACAAAUCUGCAGCGAGUACUCCUAUCAGAGCUUCUUCUUCUUUAUCAGCCACCGGUAAGUUCACUUCAACACCCCCUUACCAAAAGGGAUUUACAAAACGAGCUCGGACUGCCUACACCAGUUCUCAACUGGUUGAAUUAGAAAAUGAAUUCCAUCAGAACCGAUAUCUCUGCCGCCCAAGACGUAUUGAACUCGCCAACUACUUACAACUUUCGGAGAGACAAAUCAAAAUAUGGUUCCAAAACAGAAGGAUGAAAUACAAGAAGGAUAACAAACACAACAAGCCAUCCUCUUCUGUAGAUGACAGCAGUCCAUCAAGCUCUAAGGAAAUGUCACCUAGUCAAGACCAUAAGAUGAGUCACGGAAGAAGCUGUGGUGGACACGAUCGACACAGGCGCCUUCUCACUGACAAUCAUACAGCUCACCAUAAAAUAUAUCUUCAACCAAACGAAACCAUUACAAGACCUCCGGAAUACUCGUCAAUUAAUUCAAUGAAAUCUGUUAUAAAAGGACCUCAAAAUACCAUUGAGCUCCCGUCAUACACGCCGAACUUGUCUUAUUCAUCGUACUACACGGGUCCAAGCAGGGCUGCUUACUCACCGAUGUCUGAGGUUUAUCGAUACAGUAACGAUGAGUCACUGCCGUCGAAUUCUAACACACUUCCUUCGCUAGCAUCUGAUAGCUACGUACCGAAUGGAGGUAACUUGAAACUAAACGAUGAUUUAGUGAGGUUUAGUGCUGCGCCAACGUAUUACAAUCCAUUGUCUAGUAGUGUAGUUAUGCCUCCUACAACCACAGAUAGCUAUGCGUUUGGUACAACAAUGCCGUCUGCAUCGAUACCUACUUAUGAGGAUAGCGGUCUUCCUACAAGAGCGUCUAACUUGGCUUUGCCUCAAGAUCCGUACUUCUCAUACUUGACGCCAUCUGAUCCAUCAAAUCAACAUUCCUCUGCAUCGACAAGCAAGUAUUCGUCGUCUUAUAUAUCUUUAUAA